AUGCCUAGCGUGGCAUCACCUAUAUUUCAUUCCAAAUGGAUUACUGUAUUUCUACGUCUGCUAAAUGUAAUCCUUCUAUUGGUACCGUUGACGGUAUCGGCUCAGAAGAACCCUACCAGUACCAGCAACCCGGCAGUCGUCGAUAGUAGAGGACAUAAGCUACCGUAUAACAUCCUGGUGAUCUUACCCGCUAAAGAGUCAAGUAAUGACGAAUUUGGACUGACGAUAGAACGUGCUCGACCGGUGAUCGACAUCGCCGUGCAGGAUGUGGUGCAAUCGGGUCGAAUGCCGGCCGGAUGGGUGAAUUUAACCUAUUGGGAUGAUCGAUACUGGGAAGAUUCGACGUUAGCCGAACGAUAUGCGACGGUUGGAAUGGUGCAGGCGUAUUGUGAGCAUCGUCUGGACGCCAUUCUUGGAUUUGCUGACAGUUACGGCUUGGCGACGGUCACAAAAGUGUCAGCCGGACUGAACGGUGGAAUUCCCGUGCUAACAACCGCCGGCAUGCCGUCCGCAUUGAAUCUGAAGAAAUCCUAUCCGUUCUUGACUCGAAUGCAAGGUUCCUAUCUACAAAUGGCCGUAUCCAUGUAUCAACUGAUCGCAUAUCAAGAUCCGACAGAGAUCGGUGACUCGAAAAAUUCGUCUUCGCAUAGCCUGAACUAUUUGAAAAUGAUGUUCUUCUAUCAUGAUAAGAAAAGAGCGGUGAAUAAGCCGCAUAAGGAACAGGAUAGCCAAGAAUCGGAUGUUGGCUCAUCACAUUGUUAUUUCUCACUCUAUGCUAUUAAAAAUUAUUUCACUAAGAAGAGUAAAAUAUUCAAACGUGAAUGGGCGCUAACAACGCCAUCAUUUCCGUUCGAUGAGGAAUUGCCGCGUAGUCGUGCUACAACGAAACAAUGGUUGCAUAAAGUGUCUAUGGAAACGAAUGGUGAGUGA